UCGAGGGGAAAGACCUCGCGGGUGAAAGAUAGAAUAGAGGUAAUGUCAAGUGUACAUUUUUCCUCCUUAAUAUUUCCUCGAAUUUCACAAACCGAAAGCACCGAAAGAAACUGAUUACGUGGUAUUCAAAUACCGGUACAAUAUAAUUAGAAGAAGAAGAAAAAAUUGUAAAUGAAGUGGAAAAUAAGUGAACAGAUGAAAUAGUAAAUGAUUAGUGAAUGAAUAAGUGACAAGUGCAAUAAUGAAGAAUUCAAGGGAAAAUCGACAAAUUUUGACAAUAUUAUUUCUCUGUAUAUUGUGGUACAUAAUAUCGAGUUCUAAUAAUGUCGUUGGGAAAAUGUUACUAUCGGAAUUUCCAUAUCCAAUGACAGCGACAAUGGUUCAACUAACCUCAAUCACAAUAUACUCGGGGCCAUUCUUUAACCUUUGGGGUGUACGAAAAUACUCAAACGACAUUGCUUGGGGCUAUUAUUUUCGAUUGAUUGUACCAUUAGCACUGGGCAAAUUUCUCGUCAGUGUAUUUGGACAUGUCUCCAUCUGGAAAGUGCCUGUAUCCUAUGCCCACACUGUGAAGGCGACAAUGCCGUUCUUCUCGGUACUGCUCUCGAGGAUAAUUCUACGUGAAAAGCAAACAUGGCAGGUUUACUUGAGUCUCAUGCCAAUUGUCGGCGGAGUUGCAAUUGCGACUCUAACCGAAAUAAGUUUCAACAUGUUGGGACUGAUUAGCGCCUUACUUUCGACGCUGGCCUUCUCCUUACAAAACAUUUAUUCAAAAAAGGUUCUACAUGACACGGGAAUUCAUCAUCUUCGUCUUCUUCAUGUCCUGGGACGUUUAGCACUAUUCAUGUUUCUUCCAGUGUGGUUAAUGUCGGAUUUUCGGAGUUUGCUGCACAAUCCAGAAACGGGAACAGCCGUCGAUAUGAAUGCAAGAAUUUUUGGUCUACUUGCAGUCGACGGUGUUUUGAAUUGGUUACAAAAUAUUGUCGCCUUUUCAGUAUUAUCAAUUGUCUCGCCUCUAACUUAUGCGGUGGUGAAUGCAAGUAAAAGAAUAUUUGUCAUCGCAGUGACAUUACUUAUAUUGGGAAAUCCAGUGACUGGUUUAAAUGUCUUUGGAAUGACAUUGGCAAUAUUUGGUGUACUUUGCUACAAUAAGGCGAAAUACGAUCAGCGAUAUGCUGACAAUAAUUCGAGGACAUUACCGCAAUAUCAAAAAUUAAAUCACAAUGGUCACAAUAGUUUUAUGAUUAAUGGCACCGCCAAAGAAUUACAAAGACUUUAUGCUGUUUAGUUUUUUUUUUUCAAGGGAUUGACACAGUCAUGAAUUUUCUCGUUUUUUCCCGAAAAUUAGUUUUUUUCACUCUGAAAAUGGGGUGAUUUUGCAAAUGGGAAAAAAAUUUCGAGAAUUUAUACAUUUGACUUAAUUUUAUUUAUUUUAGUUCUCUCUUUUUUUGUGUGGAGAAUAUUUGACCUGCGAUUUAAAUAUCGGGCAAUGACGAAUUCAUUCUCAUGAUUUUCAUGAUCGCUGGUACGAUCGUAUUUAAAAUUUUUCUCGUUUUCGUUUUUUUUUUUGUAGAAAAUUCUAAUUUAGAAAAAAGUGAUUUUAAUGCAAAUCUUACGGAUUUGUUAAUUUUAUACAUAGGUGCAAAUUUUGAUAGAUGAAAUAUAAAGAUUAUAAAGAAAUUAUGAACUGCAAAUUUUGUUCUCUCUCUGAAAAUUGAAGAAACGCCAAGACUUUUAGAGAAUUUUUUGUUUGUACAGAGUUUAUGUAAAAUUAGGGCAUUCAUUUUGUAUGCAUGUGAAUAGAAUGCGGGAGAAAGUGUUUUAGGUAAAAAUAAUGUAUUAUACAUAUAUUUUUAUAAAUAAACGCAUGUGUACAAAAAUAAAA